UACCAUGUAGGGGGGCUCCGCUGUGUCGCUCGUCAAAUCGCGGGGCAUUGUGGGGCGGAGGCGGCCUUUCUCUGCGUUCAGACGAUCGGAAAUCUUCAAGUAAAUAACGGGAGGAGGAACGGUCUGAACGCAGCUUCCAGACAACGCAAAGCUCAACUUGAAGUUGCGUCCAUUCUCUGAUAUUAAUAACUUGAAUAAUAAACAAGCAUGGGGCAGGAGGAUUUUAUGAACAAAGCCGAAGACGUGGCAGACCAGUUCUUGCGGGUCACCAAGCAGUACCUGCCCCAUUUGGCGCGUCUGUGUCUUAUCAGCACUUUCCUUGAAGAUGGCAUCCGCAUGUGGUUCCAGUGGAACGAGCAGAGAGACUACAUUGAAGCCACCUGGAACUGUGGCUACUUCUUGGCUACAUGCUUUGUGUUGCUUAACCUUAUUGGACAGCUAGGUGGCUGCGUCCUCAUCCUCAGUAGGAAUUUUGUACAGUAUGCUUGCUUUGGAUUAUUCGGCAUCAUAGCUCUUCAGACUAUUGCAUACAGCAUUUUAUGGGACCUUAAGUUUUUGAUGAGGAACCUGGCCCUGGGAGGUGGUCUUCUCCUGCUGCUGGCGGAGUCUCGUUCAGAGGGAAAGAGCAUGUUUGCCGGGGUCCCCUCCAUGGGGGAGAGUUCACCGAAGCAGUACAUGCAGCUGGGAGGCCGAGUUCUGCUCGUGCUCAUGUUCAUGACCCUGCUGCACUUCGACUCCAGCUUCUUCUCUAUCCUGCAGAACAUUGUCGGGACAGCACUCAUCAUCCUGGUAGCCAUCGGCUUUAAAACCAAGCUCGCAGCUUUGACUCUGGUGGUGUGGCUCAUGGCUAUUAAUGUCUACUUCAAUGCCUUUUGGACCAUCCCCGCCUACAAGCCCAUGCACGAUUUCCUGAAGUACGAUUUCUUCCAAACCACUUCGGUCAUCGGUGGUCUUCUGUUGGUGGUAGCUCUCGGGCCCGGCGGAGUGUCCAUGGAUGAGAAGAAAAAAGAAUGGUAGGGUAACGCGGGGAGAGGAUCCUGUUCCGCCACAAACCUCCCCAUACCAGCUGGGACACAAAGACCUUCCCUCUAUUCAAGUUUGGCCCGUUGGGCUAUGCAGUUCUGUUUGUUUUACCUAUUUGGCCAAUUCUCAAGAAAAAAAAAAAUCAGUGGACAAUUUUUUUUCCUCACAGUAUCAACCCCUGCAAUAAUUUUUUUCUUGUUACUGUCAUUGACGUUGCCACUUUUUUGUCCCCCUAAAUAUGUUGUAUGUCAAUUCUUUUUUUUGACAUAAUGAUGAAUUGCCUGUUUAUUUUCAGAUGCAAGUAAAAAGGAAAAAAAUAUAUAUUCUGUGAACUGAAAAAAGUCAUGCAUUUUUUUAGGUGUUAUGUCAUAAGUUAUAUUUUCACUUUAAUGUUUUUUUUUAAAUAAACUGGCAAUUGCAUUCAAGCUGGAUCUGUAGGGUUCCCCACAAUGUAGACCCUUCUGAAAUCAGAAAUCUUGGGAGUUUAGUGGACUCGGUCUUUUGGAACUUGGGCACUGAUUUGAUACCAGCUCCAGGUUUUCUGUGUAUGUCUCUUACAUUCGUACACUUUCCACUCAAAUGUCAGAAAUCACAUUUCAUGCAGGAUUGAGUCUGAAGACGUGUACGUUGAAAUCGCAAGUGGUGACUGGCAGUCAUUGAAAUGUUCCUGAACGGUUACUAUAAUGUUCCUGGACUUGUAAUUGGGAACUUUGUAUAUUACAUUUCUGGCACCUGCCGAACUAGCGAACUAUCUGAAUUGUUUAAGGGGCUCUAAACAUGUGUUGCGAUCUAGAACAGUGAAAAGCAUCAAACGGAGUCGUUACCCACAUGGACUUUUGUCUCUACUUGGUGUUUUUG